AUGUUAUCUGAUGGCAAUGAAGAUUAUGUUCCUUCUUCUGAUGAUGAUUCUCGUUGUGUGGAAAGUAAUGAUGAUUCUCAAUAUGUUGGAAGUAAUAAUAAUUCAGCAUCGCUAAACAAUAAGUACCAUAAGUAUUCUCCAUAUAUAUAG